GACGCAUCGACAAAUUGUCGUGUUCCUGUGACAUUUCACUCGGCAUUCGCUGAGUGUCUGUACUUUUCUCAAGUGCAAAAUGUGAUAACACUGACCGAUAACUCUUGGCUGGAGAAAUCAAGUAGAAGAUCAUUUGAGUGACGAGAAUGAUGGAAAGCUAUUUCUCGCCGUCCUCUUCUUGGAGAGGAGCUUGUUUUCUCCGGAGAAUACGCCAGUUAAUUCCCGCCGGCUUCAAGGAUGAACUAAAAAACCUGUCAACGUUGGCUUUGCCUGCGACUCUGACACAGCUCCUGGUGGUUACUGUGAGUUGUGUCAGCGCUGCCUUCUGCGGUCAUUUGGGAAGGAUUGAGCUGGAUGCAGUCGCUCUGGCCACAGCCAUUGUGAACGUCACAGGCAUAUCUGUCGGUGCCGGGCUGUCAUCAGCAUGUGAUACUUUGAUUUCUCAGACAUAUGGUGCCCGCAAUCUCCUGAGAGUCGGGGUGAUCCUGCAGAGGGCAAUCAUCAUCCUCAUCCUGACGUGUUUCCCAUGCUGGGCAAUGCUCAUCAACACAGAGUCCAUUCUGCUGCUUUUGGGACAAAACCCGGAGGUUGCCAGGUUGUCUCAGCUGUACGUGAAGAUCUUCAUGCCCGCACUUCCUGCUUCAUUCAUGUAUGAUCUGCAGUCGAGAUACUUGCAAAACCAGGGGAUCAUCUGGCCACAAGUGAUCACAGCCUUUGUGGCCAAUCUCAUCAACGCCCUCAUGAACUACAUCGUUCUCUUUGCAUUCAACAUGGGAGUUGUAGGUUCUGCUCUUGCCAACAAUGUGUCACGGUUUUCCAUGGCUGGCAUUCUCUACGCUUACAUCUUGUGGAAAGGUCUUCACAAGGUCACCUGGGGAGGCUGGUCCAAAGAUUGUCUGCAGGACUGGGGCUCCUUCUUCUAUUUGGCUUUUCCCAGCAUGGUCAUGAUGUGUGCGGAGUGGUGGACCUUUGAGAUUGCCAUCUUUCUAGCAGGUCUCAUAAGUGAGGUGGAACUCGGAGCUCAAUCCGUCAUCUACGAAUUCACAAACUGUGCUUACAUGUUUCCUUUGGGUUUCAGCGUGGCAGGAUGUGUUAGAGUGGGACACGCUCUAGGAGCUGGAAAGUCCCAGCUGGCCAAGUUGUCUACAAAACUGACGAUAUUCUGCGGAGUAUCAGUCUCCGUAUGCUUGGUGGUCGUCAUCGGCAGCUUGAGGUAUCACAUUGCCUCACUCUUCACGUCAGACGAACAAAUACAGCUAAAGGUUGCUGAGGUUCUGUCGCUCUGCGUUCCGUUCACGCUGAUGGAAUCGAUUACAGUGGCCGGAGGAGGGAUUAUCAGAGGCAUAGGGAAGCAGAAAGUUGGAGCCCUCUGCACCAUUGUCGGUUUUUAUGGGGUGGGUCUACCUGUCGGAGUGCUACUGAUGUUUUCAGCCAAAUUAGGAAUCAAGGGUCUAUGGAUGGGUUUCUGUGCCUGUAUGUUUCUGCAGAGCUUCAUCCUGGUUGUCUACUUGGCAAGGAUAAACUGGGAACAAGUUACACUUGAGGCUCAGAUGAGAGCUGGUGUUAGCAGGAGUUCAGUCGACCCACAGCAUCAAAGCGAAGCGCUCGAGCUGUUGGCCCCCGAGGAUAAAGAAGAGGAGGAGGUGGCAGAGGUGAUCAACGCUGCAGACCAAAGGAACUUAAUCCUGCGUCGAGGCCUUCUUGUGUCUCUCAUGAUCUUUAUUCUGGUUGCGGGGAUUGUAGUCAACCAGCUGUUGACCAAACACCUGUCCUGAUCACAUGAUCAAUUUGUCAGUACGGGGCUCCCAUUAAAUCUGUCGGUUUGUGACAAGGCCUAAGGCAUGAGUGAGGUGUGGAUGAUAAAAGAUGUAUAAAAGAUGCAACAGGAGUGCCAGGUCAGAUGAGGUGAAUGGCCAGGAAUAGGUCAUUUUGAAUUUGGAAUCAAUUUAAAUUCACAUUUUCAAAUUCAAACACGAGACCUGCCCCAAACCCAAUUUAAAGUUUGGACACAGUCCACACAAAUUCAAUGCAUAUGAUAUAGAUUGAUAUGCCACAAAGGCAUAUGAUGACUUUGUUACGCUAUGAAUUAUACAAAAGUGAUAACGGUCUUCUAAUAUGGAUUGCACCAUAUUCACAUGAUGCUUGACCAUGCACUAUGAUGGCUUGAUUAAUGUACAGUAAUUGAUGCUUUAAUAUAAAUUAGAAAAUACUUUACAUAUUUUAUCAGCAACUGCUCCAAAUACAUUAUUUGAUGUGUUUUAUGCCCAUGUUCGUGUUAUUCUCAUGAAUAUGAGAUGUUAAGUUUGUACGUGUUGGGCCUGUUUUUACAUGUGAGAAGCUGAGGUAGUGAUAUGUAUGUAUUUGAAAAAGAUGUGCUUAUUGUAAACAAGCGUUAUUAUGGAAGCUUGAAGGUACAAAUAAUGGAACAGAUUUAAUUAAUUACCGUGAUAAUUUUCAUAUUUUGAUGAUGAUUAACUCAAUAUGUUACAUCUUAUUUGAUUGAUGAUUAUUGUUUCACGCUUAAAUCUUUUAAAAUUAUAACUUAAUCAUUUGAUCUUUUUAUUAUUUAACGGCUGUAAUACUUUUCACAUUUUGAUGAUUAUUAAUUCAAUAUGCCCCAUCUUAUUUGGUUGGUUAUUUUUUAAAUUACCUGUACUGCAUUGCAUCGCUACUAAACCUUUUAAAAACAUAAAUUUAUUAUUUUAUGUUCUUUGGCAUGAUUUUGAAACAGCUUCUAGGUAACGUUCACUGUUUUGAGGCGCGACAAACCAGCAAAAUUACAAUUAAGAGAAUUUCUUAAUUGUAAUUACCUUCUCUGAGAAAGAAAGUCUCCAUUGAGUGACUGAGUCCGUCUGUAAGAAAAUGUCUGCAAUAAACAGAAGUGUCGAAACACUGUUCUGUGGGACGCGAAUAUGGUUUUAAAAUGAUAGUGUAGAGACAGGAAUUUUGGUGUUGACACAGACAGCAAGAUGAAUUGUGUUAAUUCUGAGAUGUUUGAAUUUGUGUCAGAACACUCGCACGUCUUUACCACAAAGACAAGAGUAGAAUGGAUUUCAUAAGUCGCUAGACUUAGUAGACUGAGGCUGCUGUUGUCUUCUUCUCUGAUCAAACAAUGUUGUCUUUUCCUCUGAUCAAAACAGUGUCUCCCCAAGCAGAUGCACCUGAUUAAAAUAUUCAUUCCGUGUCUUUUGUGCAUUUUUUUUCCACUAAUCACUUAAAUCCCAAAGGGUCAAAUUUGGCCCUAAUCCUAAAUUAGGAUGAAAGCAUUAAAUAUUUGAAAAAACUUAUUUUGGUGUUCAGUGAACGUAUAGCAGGCAUUUAAUGUAAAAUUCAUCAUUUUCCAAAGAAGAAAACGGUUCUUGGGUUCUCCAGGGU